AUGUUGUUCAAGGCUUUCUCCCUCAACCUGCUCCUGACCCUCGGGUCUGUGGCCGCCUCGUCCCUCAGCGAGCGCGACACCUCCUCUCUCGAGGCUCGUGUCACCUGCGGCAAGAACACUCUGAAGAUCGGCAGCAAGUGUUACUGCAAGUCCAUCGUCUUCAAGAUGGACAGCAACGGCGACUGCGGCUGUGACGCCGGCUACAAGGUGUCCGGCCUCCUCUGUAUCGCCGACUGCCCUGCCAGCGCCUACGUCAACUGGAAGAACCAGUGUGCUUGCCAAAAGAACUACCUCAAGUUCAUUGGCGGCGACUGCAAGUGUCAGCAGGACAGCCAGACCGACGACGGCUCCAAGUGUACCGAUAUCUGCCCCGGCCCCCACAACAACUGGGUCAGCGGCACCCACUGCGAGUGCGAUACCGACUUCGUCUCUGCUACUGCUCCUGGCACCGGCUGUGUUCGCGACUGCUCCAAUGGUGCUACCCCCAACACCGACUCGACUGCCUGCGAGUGUCUUGCCGACCACUUUGUCCUGAAGGCCAACGGCAAGGAGUGCGAGUGUGACCCCGACUACAUCCCUGGUGAGGGUGCCGACGCUGGAAAGUGUGUCCCCAAGUGCAUCAACGGCGCCACCGCCACCACUGACCACAAAUGCGAGUGUCUUGCCGAUAACUUCAAGCUCACUGCCAACGGCCGAGAGUGCGAGUGCAAGGAUGACUACGUUCCCGGUACCGGGUCUGACGCCGACAAGUGUGUCCCCAAGUGCUUCAACGGUGCUACUCCCCUGGACGACCACACCGGCUGCAAGUGUGAGGCCGCUAACUUCAAGCUCACCGCCAACGGCCGAGAGUGCGAGUGUGUCGAUGACUACAUCCCCGGCACUGGCGCCGACGCUGACAAGUGUGUCCCUCGAUGCUCCAACGGUGCUACUCCCCUGGACGACCACACUGGCUGCAAGUGUGAUGAUGUCAACGCCCACCUUGUCAACGACGACCGCGAGUGUGCCUGCAACUCCAAGUACACCCCUGGCAGCGGCAGCCAGGCCGGUAUCUGCAUCCCCGACUGCUCCAACGGUGCUGUCCCCAAGGAUGACCUCACUGGCUGCAAGUGUUCCGACAUCAACGCUCAGCUCACCUCCAGCGAGCAGGAGUGCACGUGCAAGUCUCUCUUCAAGCCCGGUACUGGUGCUGAUACUGGCUCUUGCGUCCCUGACUGCGGUACGGCUACUGCCAAGGCCGACAAGUCUGGAUGCGAAUGCACCAAGGAUCACUUCCAGCUCAAGGACAACCAGGUCGACUGCGAGUGCACCCCUCCCUUCGUUCCUGGCACCGGCGCCAACUCUGACAAGUGUGUCCCUGUCUGUGUUGGUAUUGCUACUCUGAAGGACGACGGAAGCGCCUGCAAGUGCCCCAGCAACGCUCACCUUAAGACUGGCGGCGUUGAGUGCGACUGUGACACCAACUAUAAGCCCACCACCAAGCCCGCCAAGCAGCCCGCCUGCGUCUACGACUGCGGCUCCGCCAAGCUGAACCCUACCUUCAACGGCUGCAUCUGCGACAAGCCCAACACUGAGUUCAAGGAUGCCGCCACUGGCUGCGGCUGCAAGGCUGGCUACACUGGUCUCUCCCGAUUCGGCUGUGUCUCUGACUGCGGCACCACCGAUGCCAAGUGGAACAGCGCCAAGUCUACCUGCAUCUGCAACGUCAAGGCCUACAAGUACACUCCUGCCAGCGGCUCCACCAGUGCCAGCUGCGCUUGCGAGAAGUCCACCGAUGUCUACGAGGAGGGUGACGGUGUCUGCCACGAGCCCUGCGGCACCGAUGCCGACUGGAACAAGAAGUCCCGCGCCUGCAUUUGCCGCAAGAAGGGCAUGCAGUUCAACAACGGUGCUUGUGCUUGCCCCAAGCCCGAUGAGCAGAAGUGGAACGGCUCCAAGUGUGUCGCCGACUGCGGUGACGAUGCUCAGUACGACAACAAGCAGGCUCGCUGCGUCUGCCUCAAGCGCGGCCAGAAGUGGGCUAACAAGGUCUGCUCUUGCGACCCUGGCUUCACCUGGAAGAACCAGAACAAGGGCUGCGUCGCCAACCCUGCUUAA